AGCUGUGUAUGUGACGUCAUGACGUGUGUGAGCGCAUCAAAGUAUCUUUGGUCUUCAAACGGUAGAGUGAUUUGAUGAAUGCAUUGUUUUCACAAAAUCGGGUGUUUUUUAUCUUUUUACCUGGAGCAUUAUUUUCGUAUUACAGUUUUGUCGUAAACGUAAACAGUUGACCGUUAUACAUCCAACACAAUGAGCGAGCUGAGCCAGGAAGAGAUUCGGAAGAGGCGACUAGCAAGAUUGGCGGUACUUGACACGAAGGCCUCUUCAUCGUCUUCACCACCACAGUCAGCCCAGCUAGCACCGCCCUCACCAAGCAAAGCAGUGCCGUCCACCCCUCCAACACCAGGCCCAUCACAGAGUACAACUGAACAAGUUGCAGGUGUGAACCAAGGAGCUUCAUGUUCAUCACCAUCAAAAUCUGGUAGUGCAGAACCAAAAACGCCACCAGUUCUAACUACACAGAAAAGUGAUUCUCAGAGCACUGACACGUCUUCUCAGAUGGAGGUUGACGAAAUGCUACCAUGUGAAAAAAGUGCUUCUACUUCACAGAUGGAUGUAGACUCUGGCAUUGAGAACAUGGAGGUAGAAGAUUCACGUGAAGGCACAGGCCUGAGGCACCGGACAUCUAGCUCUUGUAAUGACAUAACAGAUGAUCAAGUUCAUGCUACGGUGUCAAGAGUAUUGUGUGUAUCAUGGAAGGAGAAGACUGACAAGGCCAUUUAUCUUCCUGAAACAGCAGCUGCCAUUGAAGAGGUUGACAAUAUCAAUGUCCAGGACUUAGUAAACCAGUGCAUAAUGGAAGUGUUAGUGAUAGUGUGCCAGCGUGGUGAGGAUCCAGAAAGUGAAGUGUCAGGACUAUCAACAACAGAAGGAGACCGUGAUGGUGACUUGGCAAGUCCUGCUCCUCACACAGCAUCCAGCAGUGACAGCCCAUAUCCUCCUUCCUCACCAUUACAACAGCAGGAACGUUCAUCACCAGCUCUUCCAUUGACUGAUCCCCAGGAACGUGCCCUACGUUAUCUCACCAAUUGCUACACAAGAGUAGCCACAGAGGAAAGGAAUCAUCCAAAGAGAUGCAGUUCACCACCAUUGAGUGAAGUUCUGUCAGAUCUACGAGCACAACUUGUGCAGUUCGCUGCAUUAGUCUUGCAGGGCUCUUUAGACAACUGGCCUGAGGAGAGACCCACAAGUGCCACCUCUGGGUCAGUGGGAGGUCUGGGAGUGUCAGAAUCCCUUCUUUUGUCACCUAUUCUUUCACAGACACUGCCUCGAGGAUUCCUACCUGAACUUGUAUCUCGAACUUAUACAUCACCAGGCCCAGGAGAUGCCUUCUCAAAGAUAUUUGGAUCCAUUCUUCAAGGGCUUUUCAUAACAAUGAAAGCUUCUUCAAUAGUUGGAAAUGGGCACAGGCAACCAAUCCAGGCCUUGAGUGAUUUAUUGGAAAUAAGAUGUGGUCCAUCUGGAAAUGUGCGCCCAAUAUGCAGAUUACUCACACAACAGGUUCAGUUCCUGCCUGACUUGGUUACUCCAGCUGUUGGAAGAGAAUUGUCUCGAACAUCUUAUUUGGGACCAUUCCUGUCAGUGUCAGUUUUUGCAGAAGAUGAACCAAAAGUUGCUGAAAAAUUCUUUUCUGGAAACACAGCUGCUGACAAAUCACUGAACCACACACUACAAAUAGAAUUGGAAAAUACAAGAGUCAUAUUGCAUAAGGUAUUCCAUGAUAUACUUGUAAACAACAGUUCUCGUGAACCUACACUGUCAUAUAUAUCAACCUUGUUGCGGACCAAUGAGAAAAGAGCUCAGAUACACGCAGAUGAACGCAUGCUUGCUGGAGAUGGUUUCAUGCUCAACCUACUUUCUGUUUUGCAGAUGCUUGCUCUAAAGAUUAAAAUGGACAAGGUAGAUGUCUUCUACCCAUUCCACCCAUCAAGUUUAAUUGAUGUUAAAAAUGAAACAAGGUUAAAAUUUACAUCACAGGAGGCAACAAGUUGGCUGGAUGAUCUCAACCGAUCACUGACUCAUAAAUGGCGAGAACCAAAGUUUCCAACACAGUGCUGGUUUCUGACCCUCCACUGUCAUCACUUGGCCCUGCUUCCAACAUGCCACAAGUACCAGCGCCGCAUUAGAGCUCUUCGUGAUCUGCAGAAACUGGUGGAUGAGAUGCAAGCGACAGAGCCCCAGUGGCGUGAUUUGGGAACAGCUGCACGCAACAAAGAAUUGCUGCGUCGGUGGAAGCAGCAGGUGAAGAAGUUGACACGAAGCAAAGCAUGUUCAGAUACUGGACUACUGGACGAAUCACUUGUGCGUCGCUCAUUAGUAUUCUACUCAUCUGUGGCAGAGCUACUGUUGAGUGCACUGACUGACCCAGCUGCUCCACCAGGGCAGCUGCUGCCCAGUAGUGCACCAGCUGUUUUUUCUGCUUUGCCUGAGUGGUAUGUCGAGGAUGUUGCUGAGUACCUGCUGUUUGCCCUCCAAUUUAUGCCAGGUGUCGUUGCUGACUGCAUGGAAAAUAACCUAAUCUCAUGGUUGUUGGUAGCUGUGUGUUGCCCACAAUUUAUCAGGAAUCCUUAUCUAAUAGCCAAAAUUAUUGAAGUUCUGUUCGUGAUAAAUCCUAAUGUGCAGUCAAGAACUGAAACUCUGCAUGAUCGUGUCAUGGCACAUCCUAUUUCACAAGUGCACCUGCCAUCUUGUCUAAUGAAAUUUUACACAGAUGUUGAAACUACUGGUUCCAGUUCAGAAUUUUAUGACAAAUUCACAAUACGCUAUCAUAUAAGUGUAAUCUUAAAGGGAAUGUGGGAUAACCCUCUACAUCGCCAGGCAAUUAUUAAUGAGUCAAGAUCUGGAAAACAGUUCGUAAAAUUUGUUAACAUGUUGAUGAAUGACACAACAUUUCUGUUGGAUGAAAGCUUAGAAUCGCUUAAGCGCAUUCAUGAGGUGCAGGAGCUAAUGAGCCAAGCAGAAGCAUGGAGCCAGGUACCACAUGACCAGCAACAGGCCAGACAGAGGCAGCUGUCAGCCGAUGAAAGGCAGUGCAGGUCUUACUUGACUUUGGCCAAAGAGACAGUGGAUAUGUUCCAUUAUUUGACAGUUGCCAUCAAGGAACCAUUCUUAAGGCCAGAGCUGGUUGACCGCUUGGCAGCCAUGUUAAAUUUUAACCUGCAACAGUUGUGUGGUCCUAAGUGCAAGAAUUUGAAAGUUCGCAACCCAGAGAAGUAUGGCUGGGAGCCGCGUUGGCUUCUUAGUCAAUUAAUUGAUAUAUAUCUCCAUCUCAAUUGCGACAGUUUUGCUGCUGCUUUAGCUGGUGAUGAGCGGUCCUUCAAGAAAGAACUGUUUGAAGAUGCAGCAGCACGAAUGGAAAGACGUUCCAUUAAAACACCAACUGAGAUUGAACAAUUCAGAAACUUAGCUGAGAAAGCACAUGACAUUUCAGUACAGAAUUUGAAGAAAGAAGUUGAUUACAGUGAUGCACCUGAUGAAUUUCGGGAUCCAUUGAUGGAUACAUUGAUGGAAGAUCCCGUACUGCUUCCAUCAGGGAAAGUUAUGGAUCGUGCUGUUAUAGUGCGUCACCUUCUCAAUUCAUCUACAGAUCCUUUCAGUCGGCAACCACUCUCAGAGGACAUGUUGGAACCAGCUGCUGAACUGCGGGAAAGAAUAGCAUCGUGGAAACGUGAGAAAAAGAAAUCUGCAUAAUGUGAAAAUCUUGAAGUAAGUCUGUGGUGUAUUGUCAGCAAACUUCAAGACUCAGUGUUUUAAGAAGCCUGGGAAGGUUUGUUUUUUACUACACCAAAGUUAAGCAUUGUGUUUUACUGACUUCACAUAUAAAAUGUGAUUUGUUACACACGUGACGAUUUCAUGGAUAUGAACAUGUUUUCAGUGUCUGUCCUGAAAUACUACCUUUUUCCAGCUGAUUUACACUUUUCCUUCAAUUUUUUAUUAGAAUGUAUAUACAUUUUAAUUAUUCUCAUUUUUUGUACAAAGUUAGACCAUGUUUAUUGCCUUUACAUCUAAGAAUACUUCACCAGAUCACUAAAGAGCACAUAAAAUGAUUUACGUUGGUGGGAAAAAAUAUUAAUACUUCACAAUACAUGAAUUUCAUAUUGUGAACUCAUCGCACUAUCAGAGGUGUAACUUAAGCAGAAAUUGUCUUUUGAGCUUCAGUUACCCAGAGCAGAAAUGCUAUUUUUACAAAUUUAACCAUAUUGUGUGAGGAUAUACUGUAUUUUCAAAAUUUCAGAUUAUCCAGUAGUUGUUUGUUGAGUCUCUGUCAUCACAGAAAGUGUAUAUUUUAGUAUGCGAACUUCAGCCAUGAAGUAAUUAAUGAUUUUGGUCCAAUGUUUUUGUUUGUGGAAAGUCAAACAGUUUUUAUUUUAUUUUUUGAAGUAUACAGUUGCUCACUGUUCUUAAUAAAAACAUUUUUGUCUUUUUUGUGACUGGAAGUAUAUAACCACAAUUUGUGCUAGCCAGAACAACUGUGUGUGUGUGUGUGUGUGUGUGUGUGUGAGAGAGAGAGAGAGAGAGAGAGAGAGAGAGAGAGAGAGAGAGAGAGAAACUUGUAUAUAUACAUACAAAAGUAAGUUACUAACUUAAGAUAUUUAUCAGGAAUAACAACAAAAAGGAAAAGGUUCACAGUGAAAAGAGAGAUAUGUUUAGAAUUAUAGCUUACCUCUCAUUGGCCUUUUGUCAUAAGUUAUGGAAUAUAAUUUUGAUGUAGUAAUUGUAUAAGCUGUUGUUAUUAUUUGUUUUAUAUCUUUAAGUGUCUUGAAAAUAAUAAAUUCUACAAGAGACUUGAGUUGUUAGGGAGUAGAUGUUGUUUCUGGAAAGCAGUUUUUCUUUACUUUAGUAUAAUGUAACAAAAACAAGCAAAUUUUAUUGCUUGUAGUGUAAUGGGUGCAAUGCUCUUGGUUACAUUGAAAUGCUUCGGUUUUUUUAUUUCUUGCUUUUUUUUCCUUGUUAAAAAUGACUGAAAAUGUACCAGUCAUUUUUGAAUUGAUUUGCUGUAAGAAAGAGUUUAAUAGAAGUAUUUUCUUCCCUUAAGCCUGUGAUAUAUUAUGGUAAUGUGAAGUUGUAAUGUUUGAACACAGGCGGUAGCAGAAGCUGAUUAUUUGAUUUUAAAUGUAACUUUGAUCUCAUUAACAAAUGUUCCUUAAAGUUUUAAAGUUGAAAUAAGAGGGCUGAAUUAGAAAUGUGUAAGAUUGAGUGCAAACAAUAUUUCUGCCACUAUAUUUUUCUCCAUGUCACUGUAUAGAUUCCAAAAAUCAACAUUGUGCAGAAACAAUUUUGAUUUUGGAAAAAAGUUAUUGUCCAUGAAAAAAAUUAUUGUCGGUGAAUAAAAUUGUUGAGACAUUCAUGGCCAGUUGUUGACUUGCCGCUUGUUGGCUUGUAUCUCAGGUUCUUCAGCCACCAGUGUUUGUGUGAUGACGGCUGGAGAACUGAAGACAGAGACCAACUGGCAAAUGUUCGUACAGUAUAUGGUAGUCUCUGAAUCAUGUCUGAGUGCACACGAGGGAAAAAAGAGACAUUAUGACAUGAAUCUAAAAACAAAAACCUCAUAAUUGAAAUUAGUUAGUAUAAAGAUGUAGAUGUGAAGUUGCACAUGCCUUCCAUUUGUCACUGUAUUACGAUAUCAUGAUUGUGUAGGUGGCUGUUUCAUUACCACACUCUUCUAUGUUACUGCUUUGUAAGCAUUUCAUUUUAUAGGAAAGUAAUCAGAAAUCCUCACUGCCAUUUUUAAACGUUAGAUUUUUUUAUAUAACUUUUUAUUGUCUGUUAUAUCAUCAUAUCAUUAAGCAUACAGAAAGCAAGAGCCUCACAGAUUUAGAAUUAUAGUCAUUCUUUAUAUCAUUUACUAAUAAUAUGAUACUAUAUCUCUUAUCAGUUACUUCACAUAAUUGCUAUAGUGUGCCUCAUGAUAUGGAAAGGCACUUCUGUGCAGAGAGAGAGAGAGAGAGAGAGAGAGAGAGAGAGAGAGAGAGAGAGAGAGAGAGCUUUGAAAGGGAUGAGGUUUGCUUGUGUGUGGUGGCAGAGAGGAAGCCAAAACUUUCCAUGUUGCCCAGUUUUGUAACAACGAAUAAAAUUGAGUCACCACUGAAAUAAAGCCAUAUUGCAGUCUUAAUGAGAGCAUUUAUUGCCACCCAGCUCUGUUCACAACAUACCUUGGGAGGGAGACUAAAUGUCAUUGGUUGCAAGGAAUUUGUGAAGAGAUAUGCACAGAAUUCUUCAAAACAGAAUUGCAUUUCAAUGUGAAGCACACUAUAGCCUCUGCCAUAAUUCUAAUAUCUUCAGCAUGGAUCAUUUUGUACUCACAUUUCUGUGAUAAAAAUUCGUGUGUAAUGUAAUGUUUAGAGCCAUAAGAAGCUAAUUUCUGUUUUAUGUGUCGAAGAAUGACAAGAGAAGCAGUUCAGGCAAAUUUUUAUCUUUGUCAUACAUUGCCAAACAGAAAUUAUAAAUUGGCAGAAGACAUAACAUAAUUUGUUUUAUAAACUAUCCGGUGAAAACUGAAGAUAUUCGGCAAGAUUAAGCAGACAGACAGUGUUCAACAACAGAUGAAUGGCAAAAUAUACUUUCAUUUUCAUGUGUACGUGUUGUCAUCGACUUUGUGCUUUUUUGUGAUUGUUGUGACUAUUGAAGACCAAAAAAGAAUAUUUUGUGAUGUUUUCAAGUUCGUUGAGGUACUGGAUGAAAUAUAUCACUAAAUACAUCUGUGAAACAGCAAGCAGUUUCUUGGAAUUACUCGUGUUCCUCUUUAUGGAUAUUACAUGUUGCAGAGAUUGCAUUAGUCUGUUUUUGUUGAAAUACAAUUUGAUUUAGGUGCUUGUAGACAAAUGCUAAUUUCUGUUCUAAUGAAAUUCUGUAAUGUGAGUGACAAACACUGAUAAAUUAUUGAUAUAUCUUCCAUCCAUUAAAAUGUAAGUCAAGUUUUUGUCUAAACAUAUUGAUUUCUUUUAUGGGAAUAUUUUGAACUUUUUAUGCUAGAUACUGUCUUGUUAAUGUACAAAUUCUGGGAAUUGUCUUUCAACUAUGAAUUUUUUAUUUAUUAACACAGCAUGUUUCUCAUGCUUGUAUAAAGAAGAAUUAUCCUUUGGUAAUAGGUAAUAAUUGACAGUGUGAAUGUCUUUUGAUUUACAGCCACAGUGAAUCAAACUUAACGUUGUUCUCUCUGCUAGGUUUUCUGUCAUACUUAUUUACAUUAUGUGUUGAAUAAAUAAGACUUGAGGUUUCAUAGAUAAUUGUAUUCCAUCAUUCUUAUCCUCAUUAGAUGGGUUGUUAGAAAUAAAUGUAGUAAAUUUAUAUCCCUUUUUUAAAAUGAGGCAUCUCUGUUAUGUGGAGAACUACCUGAUCCACCACUUAUUAUAUAGAUGAAGCUACAUAUUCCAUCAUUAACUUAUUAAGUUGAGUUCUUGAAGCUCAAAAAACUAAUGGUAAUGGCACACGUACUCCACAUUGCUGCAUUGCUGUAAGUUUGCAGGAAGAUUCUGUAUGUAAUUCAGUUACACAUACCCUCUUCCACAUUAUGUGUUAUUUACAGUGUGAUUUUGAAUUUGUUUUGUGGCUAUUGUUUCUUCAUACCGUCUGUAUGUUUGCAAAUAGCCACUCAAAUUUUUUGCUUCAGUUAACAGUCAUUGUUUAUGAACAACGUAUGUUGCAUUUUGUGCCUGCCAGCCACUAUCAGUCACGUAUUUUUCAACUGUAACAGCAUAUCUUAACAAUGUUGUUAGAAUUAUUUAUUAUGACGUGCAAAAUAAAAUAUCAAGAGAAGUUAUGCAGAGAAAUGAAGAUUUGAAAUCAUUCGGUAUUUAGCUGUUGGUGGAAUGAUGAAAUGUUUUCUUGGGGUAUAGCAUGUGUCAGAUAAAUGUCCAGGAAAAAUUUACCAUAUGACUUUUCAAAUACAAAUAAUGUUGUAAUAUGCAUAUAACAAAAAGUCUGCCCCUUAAUAAUCUUCAGGAGGCAAGAUUGCAGUACUGUCGACACACACACACACACACACACACACACACACACACACACACACACACACACACACACACUUAGAGUGAGAAUAGCCACAAUUUCAUUUGAAAAUACCCCAUUCAAAUACUCCAUCUUUAAUAUUUUAGUACCACUGCAGUGAAGAUCAAACUCUAUGACUAUAUUUGAAUUGAAAUAGAAUGUGUUAUGUAGGAUAAAAUGUAAAUAAUUUUAGCUACCUAAGAAAUGUUGGAUGUAUGGAUAUACUGCCGGAAAAGACUUCCAAACGUUUUUUUUAUUAUUAGUUUGUAAAUGCUACUGAUAAAGAAUGAUUCUAGUUCUUUACCUCUGUGGUUUUUAUAUUCCAUUGUAGUGUUGUGAUUAUCAGCAACAGUUUUGCUGUUUUUCUUGAAUGAAAAUUGAGCAGCCACAAUUUGAUCCCCUUCCUUUCAAAUACUCCAUCUUUAAAGUUUUAGUAUUGCUAUAGCGAAGACCGAAGUGUACAACUGUAUUUGAAGUCACAUUUCAUUUUAUUUUCACCAGGAGAAUAGAAUAAAAUAGUGAACAUUAAGCAAUAAUCUUGACACGAGAGUCGAUUGCUUGUGUCUACUUUCUUUUCUGUUCUUAUUUUCAGCUAAAAGUAUAAUGACCUCAUCCCAAUUUUGUAUACCAAGUUAGGUUUCAUGGUAGAUCUUCCAACCCAAACAAACGAUGGACAUUAUUUUUCAAGUGAAAUAUUUGUUUCAAGUAUUAAAUUCUUUAUUUUUCCCAUAUGUCAGAGUUUAUGUCUGUAAUGUUUUAAUUGAAAGCAUUAUCAUAGAUCUAGGUCCAUUCACAUGUUUAACAAACUGUUGUGUGUUCAUGAAUGUAUUAGUAGUAACAUCUUACAAAUGUUGAUGAAAACACUUAUGAGGACACCCCUCAAGUACUGAAAUGAUAGCUACACUCAGUGUUAAAAAGAAAGACAGUAUUGUUAGUUUAUUUAAUGUAUACAAUUAAUUUUUGCAUUUUGGAUGUAUCAUGAAAACUGUUGCGCACUUGCAAUAGUCAGCGAAAUAUAAUGUGUGUGUUAAAAGUAUAAUUUAUAAAUUUGUAAUUUUUUACAGGUGUGUGAUGCAAAAUAACAGAAAAUUUAAUGACAAACUUGUUACACAAUUGUCAUUCCAAUCUAUGAUGAUUCAUGUUGCAAGGUGCUAGUAAUUAUAAUAUUUAAACAAAAACUGGUUUUUGGAUUGUUUAAUACAGUGAUAAAACUACCAUUUUAUAAGUGCUGUAAGAAAACCUAUUGACAGGAGUGGCACAACCAACAGGCAUUAUAAACUAAGUUUAUUUGCCAGCGUGUGUUAAAACAUUUUGCUGUUAGCAAGCACCAUGUUGUAGAAAGAUGUAUGUAUUCAGUUGGGAACAGAAAAUAUAAAUCAGUGACAACUUGUAAUCUGUUAAUACAAAAAGGUGUGUGCAAAAUCAUUUUCAUACAAAAUAAAAGCCACUGAAAAAAAAAAACAGUUAAGUUGCACUAUUUUAUUGGGGCUAUACAUUAAUAACGCAGUGUUACAAAUGUAUGAGGUAUAUUUUCUAACAGUGACAGAAUAUUUGCACUGCAGGAGUUAGUUAGUGCCGGAAACUGAUAUAUCAUAUUUUUGCACGUGUGUGUGUGUGUGUGUGUGUGUGUGUGUGUGUGUGUGUGUGUGUGUGUGUGUGUGUGUCAGCCAUUGUUAAUACCUGUUGUACAGAUUUGUGAGCUUAAUAUAUAUUUCAGUUGUGCUCUACAGUCACAGUGUCUGGUGAAUUGCAUUCUUAAAGCAUGUGAAGAGAUCAAAAGUGUAUGUUUUUGACUGUUGAUAACACUUUGUUUAAAGUGUCAAUAAAACAAUAAACUGUGAAAUAAUAAAAGGA